AUGAUUAACGCGGCUCUGCCCGGUGCCCCGGCGUCCCGCAGCGGCCACCGGGUGCCACCGCGGGCGCCACGUGUGCGCUCCGUGCGCCACCUCCCCGCUGCCCCCGGUGCCGAUAAUGCCAUGGAGGGGGGGGCUCAGCAGAGCAGCCUCUGGGAGCCCCCCGAGCAGGAGGGGGGUCCUGGUGAGCGGGAGGGGGGCGAGGGGCCGCCCGAGCUCAGGCGCUCCCAGCCCCUCCUCAUCCACGGCAGCAGCCGGCAGCCGCCGCAGGAGGAGCCGCGAGCGUCGUCGCUGCCCAGCAUCCCCAACCCCUUCCCCGAGCUCUGCAGCCCCUCCAACUCCCCCAUCCUGAGCAGCCCGGCCCUGGGACAGGGACCCCCCCGCGAGGGCGCCUCACACGUGGUGAAGGUGUUCGGCGAGGACGGCGCCUGCCGCUCCCUGGAGGCCUCGGGGGCCACCACGGCGCGGCAGCUCUGCGAGACGCUGGUGCGCAGGACGCGCGCGCUGCACGACCACAGCUGGGCCCUGGUGGAGCUGCACCAGCACCUGGCCCUGGAGCGCUGCCUGGAGGACCACGAGUCGGUGGUGGAGGUGCAGAGCUCCUGGGCCCCGGGUGCCGACAGCCGCUUCGUGUUCCGCAAGAACUUCGCCAAGUACGAGCUCUUCAAGAGCAGCGCGCAGCUGCUGUUCCCCGAGGUGAUGGUGUCCAGCUGCCUGGAGGCCAACAAGAGCAUGGCGCACUCCGAGCUCAUCCAGAAUUUCCUCAACUCUGGGAGCUGCCCCGAGGUGCAGGGCUUCCUGCACCUGCGGGAGGCCGGCCGCAAGGUCUGGAAGCGUUUCCACUUCUCCCUGCGCCGCUCGGGGCUCUACUACUCCACCAAGGGCACCUCCAAGGACCCCCGGCACCUGCAGUACUUCGCCGACCUCACCGAGUCCAACAUCUACUACGUGACGCAGGGCAAGAAGCUCUACGGGACGCCCACGGAGUUCGGCUUCUGCAUCAAGCCCCACAAGGCGCGGAGCGGCCUCAAGGGCCUGAAGGUGCUGUGCAGCGAGGACGAGCAGAGCCGCAGCUGCUGGAUGGCCGCCUUCCGCCUCUUCAAGUACGGGAUGCAGCUCUACCGCAACUACCAGCAAGCCCAGGCCCGGCUGAGCCAGCCCCCGUGGCUCGGCCCCACGCCCCUGCGCAGCGUCUCCGACAACGCCCUGGUGGCCAUGGACUUCUCAGGCUGCACGGGCCGGGUGAUUGAGAACCCCAGCGAGGUGCUGAGCGUGGCCCUGGAGGAGGCCCAGGCCUGGAGGAAGAAGACGACGCACCGGUACAGCCUGCCCGCGGCCUGCCACAGCUCCCCGCUCAGCGCCGCCAUCCACCGCACCCAGCCCUGGUUCCACGGGCGCAUCUCCCGCGAGGACACCCAGCAGCUCAUGGGCCGCCAGGGCUUGGUGGACGGGGUCUUCCUGGUGCGGGAGAGCCAGCGGAACCCCAAGGGCUUCGUGCUGUCCCUGUGCCACCUGCAGCGCAUCAAGCACUACCUCAUCCUGCCGAGCGAGGAGGAGGGUCGGCUCUACUUCACCAUGGACGACGGGCAGACGCGCUUCGCCGACCUCAUCCAGCUGGUGGAGUUCCACCAGAUCAACCGCGGCAUCCUGCCCUGCAAGCUGCGGCACUACUGCACCUGCGUGGCCCUCUGAGCCCCUGGCAGGGCUUGGCACAGCCUGGCACCACCAGCACGGCGGGGUUUGGCUCAGUUUGGCACUGCCAGCGUGGUUUGGCACAGCCUGGCACCACCAGCAUGGCGGAGUUUGGCUCAGUUUGGCACUGCCAGCGUGGUUUGGCACAGCUUGGCACUGCCAGUGUGGUUUGGCACAACCUGGCACUGCUGGCGUUCUUCACCUCAGUCUCACGGCUUGAGAGAGCCCAGCAGCACCGGCGUGGAAUGGCUUGGCACAGCCUGGCACCACUGGCAUUGUUUGGCACGGACUGAUGCAUCUUGGCAGAGCCCAGCACCACCAGCGCAGUUAGGCACAGCUGGGCACCACUGACGUGGCACAGCUCAGCACAGCCUGGCACUGCUGGCACAGCUCGGCACCAGUGGGAUGGUUUGGCACAGCCCAGCACAACCAGCGUGGCACAGUUUGGCACAGUCUGACACAGUUGGGUGGUUUGGCACAGCCUGGCACCGCCAGCACGGCACAGCUCGGCACAGCCCAGUGCCACCAGGAUGAUUUGGCACAGCCUGGCACUGCCAGCAUGGCACAGCCCACGCCAGGACCCCCACACUCAAGCACUUUCUCCCCUCUGCCCCGAGUGUCCCUGCAGGGGCCUGGCGCUCCUUGCCCCCACACCAGGGGGGUUUUGGGGUCCCCAGGAGCGGGGUCCCGGGCUGGGGGGGUGAGGGGGGCACCCAUCACCGUGUCCCCCACGUCUCCACGAGGCCAGUUGAACUGGGACGUGUUUUAUACCAGUGAUAAUAAAGGUUAUUUUUGCAGA